AUGGCGACCCUUAAUGUUCCCGCAAGAUUGUCUUUCUUGAAACCUGAAAGGUCUAGAGCCACUGAUCGAUUGGCUUCCUCCAAGAGCCUGUGUGAUUCUACUGCGUUUCACUGUAGACCCAGAAGAAAGUAUGCUCAGAAGAAGCAAAGCUUUACUGUUAAAUCAAUUGGGAUCUUCCAGGACAGCAGCAGAGGCCAUUUUAACUCACACAAUGGUCCUGUGGGGAGCGUUGACAAGGCUGACUCAACUUUUGAACUUCAGUCUGAUAAUGAUUACCUUAUGGACCAGCCAAAGGUAUAUUCAGAUGGUAUAAGGAAAACUAAGAUAGUAUGUACAAUUGGUCCUUCAACAAGCUCACGCGAAAUGAUAUGGAAACUGGCUGAAACAGGAAUGAAUGUUGCACGUUUGAAUAUGUCACAUGGGGACCAUAAGUCACACCAGAAAACCAUUGAUCUUGUCAAAGAAUACAACUCUCAAUUUGAAGACAAGGUUGUAGCCAUAAUGCUGGACACCAAGGGUCCUGAGGUUAGAAGUGGAGAUGUACCACAACCAAUUAUUCUUAAAGAGGGACAAGAGUUUAACUUUACAAUCAAAAGAGGAGUUAGCACAGUGGACACAGUUAGUGUAAACUAUGACGACUUUGUGAAUGAUGUGGAUGUUGGUGACAUUAUUCUAGUUGAUGGUGGAAUGAUGUCGUUAGCUGUGAAGUCAAAGACAAAAGAUUUGGUUAAAUGUGUGGUAGUUGAUGGCGGAGAACUAAAAUCAAGGCGCCAUUUAAAUGUGCGUGGAAAAAGUGCAACUCUGCCUUCAAUAACAGAAAAGGACUGGGAAGAUAUCAAGUUUGGAGUGGACAAAGGAGUUGACUUCUAUGCUGUCUCAUUUGUUAAAAAUGCUGAGGUGGUCCAUGAGUUGAAAGAUUAUCUCAAAGGUUGCAAUGCAGAUAUUCAUGUUAUUGUAAAAAUAGAAAGUGCGGACUCUAUACCGAAUCUUCAUUCGAUAAUUAUUGCAUCUGACGGGGCAAUGAUUGCUCGUGGAGACCUUGGAGCAGAACUUCCAAUUGAGGAAGUUCCUUUAUUGCAGGAGGACAUCAUUAGAAGGUGUCACAGUAUGAAGAAACCAGUGAUUGUAGCAACCAAUAUGCUGGAGAGCAUGAUUGAUCAUCCUACGCCAACCAGGGCAGAAGUUUCUGACAUUGCAAUUGCAGUAAAAGAAGGUGCUGAUGCAAUUAUGCUUUCUGGAGAAACUGCCCAUGGAAAGCAUCCAUUGAAAGCUGUUAAAGUAAUGCAUACUGUGGCUUUAAGAACUGAGUCAAGCCUACCAAUUAGCACUUUUCCUCCAAUUCAAUUGAGGGCCAAUAAGAGUCAUAUGGGGGAAAUGUUUGCUUUCCAUUCAACAACUAUUGCAAACAGUCUCCAAACACCCAUCAUUGUUUUCACGAGGACAGGAUCCAUGGCUGUGCUUUUAAGUCAUUAUCGGCCUUGCUCAACAAUAUUUGCCUUCACAAAUGAAGAAAGGAUUAAGCGGAGGUUAGUGCUUUAUCAUGGUGUCGUCCCCAUAUAUAUGCAGUUCUCAAAUGAUUCGGAGGAGACUUUCUCAAGAGCAAUAAAGCUAUUAGUAGCUAAAGGUCUUUUAAAAGAGGGGCAGUUUGUUACUCUUGUACAAAGUGGUGCGCAACCAAUCUGGCGUCGAGAAUCUUCUCACCAUAUCCAAGUUCGUAAAGUUGAAAGUUGGUUUUGA